AUGUGCCUCUUCCGAAAUAGCAAAUUUCUGGCCUGGCCCUUUAUCAAGGAAUUUGUUGUAUACAGGAGAACCUUCAUUCUAAACUCACUUGACAACGAGUAUAAAAUUGACUGCUGUGGUUUUGUGUCGGAGUGGGAGGUUUACAUAGGUACAACAUAUGGAACACUUUAUACCCAAGUAUGGCGAUCUGUCUCAAACGUGUGGACUCUAAUUGGACAAAACUCCUUUGAUAUAAACUCAACAACAUCCAGUUCAAACUCUCAGAAUACUCUUCAAGUACCUGCUUCUAAACAAAUAUCCGUUGAUGCUGGAGAUUUUAUUGGAUUUAAAUCUUCCAAUGUAACUAUACUGGCCUACUUUAUAACGAAUAAUGGUGUGGGAAGUGCCAAUGAAGAUGUGCUCUUCUCUGAUUCAGCUACUGAGGUGGUGGGAAACACAGCCUCAUUUUCUACAUAUCCUCAACGCAAUAUGGAGUUUUCUAUCAAGGCUAAGUUGUCUCCAGGAAACAGCCCUCAAUUUACAACUCUACCCUCGACGUCCUCUGUUACCGACGACACGGCUGUAGGAACAACUUUACUUACCGUGACAGCAACAGAUGCCGACGCUUCUGACAACCUGACGUAUACACUGAUGUCAACAAGCCCCUCCUCCACGUCCUUCAACUUUGAUACUUCUUCCGGGAAUUUAACCACCGUUGCUUCAGUGAGUGUAGGAACUACAACUUUUACAUUCUCGGUGACGGAUCUGUGCACUAACACGGCCUCAUCCACUUUUACUUUAACUGUAACAAACAAGCCUCCAGUGUUUCAAAAUCUUCCCAAUACUACGGAAGUAAGCGAAGAUCUAACGGAAGAAACGGAGUUGUACAUCCUGACCGUCACUGAUCCGACAGUAGGAGACACUGUCACGUGCUCCUCAACCAUUAGCCCAAACACAACUGAUCUUUACCUUUAUUAUUCUAUAGGAAAUUCUAGGUAUUCAAUCUAUGUUCGUGCGGCUGCUUCUCUUGAUUAUGAUACCACCAGGGAGUAUUUGAUGACAAUUCAAUGCACGGAUACUAAAGAUACGACCAGCAGUACAUUCGUCGUGUAUGUGACCAAGAAUGAACAGCCAGUUAUAUCUAACCUACCGGCAAGCGUAAGUGUUUCCCCCACUACGAUCACAGGGACGUCUAUAUAUACAGUAUCCUCCACUGACAAGGAGGCCGCCCAGCUCUACUACAACAUGACCUGCAUACCCGCUUCCUGUCCUUUCAAGAUAUUUAGCUCUGGUGCAGUUCUAGCUGAGAGUAAUGUGGCCAAUGUUACAGAACCGGGUUUUGACCUGUAUAUUUAUGUCUACGAUGGAAAAAAUCUAGUUGGACCGAAAGUUUUGACAGUUCAGAUCAUAGAAAGUGCCUCGUCGAGCACGUCGUCGACUUCAUCUGACUGGUUGUCUUCGGAUGCUAAGUAUAUACUGGUCAUCCUGGCCAUUUUCGCCGCCUAAGCGACCUUUGCCUUGUUUGCCAUUUGUGUUCUGGUGAUCAGACAUAAAGGUUAUAAGGUCCAAUCCAGAUCAAGGACUAUAAUCAAAGCGAAGCCUUUUCUUUAAUGGGAUAAGUGUAUAUUUACUGUAUACAUAUACACUGUAUAUCUUAAUAUUUGUAAUCGCCUGAAUAAAAUUCU